AUGUGCGGGCUGCUCGCGGCCCACGGCUACACCCUUCUCCCGGCGGCGCGGCGCGGCGAGGCGGACGUCUGGCUGAUCAACAGCUGCACCGUCAAGAACCCGUCGCAGGACCACCUCGCGACGGACCUGCGGCGGGGGCGUGAGCUGGGCAAGGUGCUUGUGGUGGCGGGCUGUGUGCCGCAGGCGGACCGCGCCCUCUCCCGGCCGGGCGGCUUGCUGCACGGCGUCUCCCUCCUCGGCGUGCAGCAGUUCGACCGCGUCGUCGAGGUCGUGCGGCUUGCGCUCGACGGAGGAGGCGCCGUCUCGUUCCUCGACCGGCCGCACGGCGUGCGCCCCGCGCUCGACCUGCCAAAGGUGCGCCGCAACGCGCUGGUCGAGAUCGUCCCCAUCAACACGGGCUGCCUCGGCUCAUGCUCCUACUGCAAGACGACCGGGUAG